AUGGAGGAAAAUCAAGCUUUUCCAAAAGUCGAUGUACACUAUAAUGGUACUUUUGUGCCUAAUCUGUUAGUGUAUAUUUUGCUCCACAAGUACUACGUCUUAAUGAAGAUGCAAACGAGUUUGGUUUCUCCGAUUUCAUCAAAUAUGUUGAGAAGCUUAUCGAUUUUCAGUGCAAGCAUGUGUAUUACUGUAUACCUGAAACAUGUGGAUGUGUAUAUUGACCAUGAUAAUGAACCUCUAUUUGAGUGGAUUCAGAAAGAAGAACCAGACGAUGAAGAACUUGUGUAUUCAGAAGAAGAUGUCGACUCUGUUUUGGCAGAUGAUGAGAACUGUGAACAUGAAGAGGAUGAAUGUGUUACAUCAAGCAAAAGAAUCUUCAAAAGAACCUAUAAUGAUAAGUUUUUGAACAAGUUAUGUCCAGUAGUUGUUGAAGAUGAAGAUGAAAAAGGCAAUGAACUUCCAGCUGUCUACCCUAGGCAUGAUGCUACUCAGGAAUGGAGGAAGAUGAAGCCUGAACUAGGAAUGCAAAAAGAUUUGCAUUGUGUGAAAUUGAGGGUGAUUUGA